UGAAAUUUGUGCUUUAACUAUUCAUACAAGUCAACCCACUGGUAAUAACUCGUAAAUUUCCAGUCUCCACAUGGCCCAAUCGAAUGCACACAAUUUGGUCGAGUACAAGGCCGGCCGCAUGGUCCUUCUAGGCAAGAUUGUCGAGCCCGAUGACCGCAAAGGCCUGCUCUUUGUGCGCCGAUCCGCCGCUGAUAACCAGCUGCACAUCCAUUGGAUGGAUCGGCGAUCCGGGUCCGUUGAGCUGGAUAUUGUCGCCACGCCGGGCGUUCUCGAGUUCCGUCGCAUUGAACAGUGCAAAACAGGUCGGGUGUAUGUCCUCAAGUACACACGAUCGCCGCAGCGUUACUUCUUCUGGAUGCAGGAGCUGCAGGCGGACGGGGAUGCAUUAUUUUGUCAGCGGGUCAACGAACUGAUUGCCAGUGGUGAACGCCAAAGGGAUGAGAUUGCGGCGGCCGAGGGAGAUAUGGAUACGGAUGUGGAUCACAAGGCACAACCGCACCGCGGUUUCGGUGGCAGUGAGAAUCCUCAAGUUCUGGAAGAUAUGCUGAUCGAAACGCAAGCAACUUGGCUACCAGCUAACCAGAUGUCGAAUCAUUGGCAAACUGAUAUGGUGAUCGAAGAACAGCCCUCGGCAUUAGCCGAUCCCGAUUCAGAUUCAGAUACAGAUACAGAUACAAAUACUUCAGAUCCAGGUAUACAUUCAUUUGACUUGGCAACUGUUUUACGCCAACAUGGCGGCGAAGCAGUGGAUAAACUUCUAAGUUGCCCAUUGAGACGUAAAAAACUGAUGGCCCAAUUGCCCAAGGAUCAUGAGGCGAUGGAUGAGCAGCAAGACAUACUCGAGCAUCUGCGUUCGCCGCAAUUCUACGAGUCCUUGUCCUAUUUUUCCUUAGGACUGCAUUCUGGUCUCCUCAGAAAGAGCCUGGAGCCUCUGUUGAAGAAUGGUGACAAUCGCGAGGCCUUGGAUGCCGCUCAAGUUGGGGAUGUUGACCGUUUUCUACGUGAACUGGAACGAACCAAUAGGGAUUAUGGUGGGCCAACCGAUUGAACCGAAAGGUUCUCGUAAAUAUGUCAAAAUAUGAAUAAAUAAAUAUGGCGCACAGUA